GUAAGAUUAAAAUUGAAUAUAUAAAUUUAGUAAAGUUGAUAUAUAAAUUUAGGAGAUGUAAUAAAAACCGUAGGUCAAGAAAUACCAAAAGAGUUUUUAUUACCUGGGCUCAAUUCUUUAAUAGGUGGGAAGAUUGAAGAUGGAUGAUGUUGGUUAAGUUGACGAGUGCUUAAAUUAUGAUGUUUUAUGUGAUCAACUCAGUCUUUGAAGUUGAAAGGAAAUUUUUAGCUAAGUUUGGGAGCACCGAAUACAAAUAGGAGCCAAUUUGGUGCUCCCAAACACAACAGUUGUUCCUAGUCAUGUUUUAUGGGAGAGAAUGUUUGUCAGUUAAGAAAUAAAGAGUUCAUAAGAAGAUAAAACUAACACGAGUUCAUGUAGUUUUAUUGAAGUUAUAAUUAAUCCUAGAAAGAGCAAAUGGUGGAAUGGGAGUCAUGUAGAUACGGCAAAUAAUUGAGAUGAUAUUUGGUUGAGUUGAGUUGUGCUAAAUCCUUUGUGAAGCCACUUUGAAGCAUUUCGUGUCUGGAUUUUUGAUACGUGUGUUUCCAUUUAACCAUUGCCUCAUGUGUAAUUCAGUAAAGCAUAUCCUUUAACAUUUUCCUUAUGUACUAUGGUUCGCAUAUGGGAUUUAAUUGACUUUGCUUAUUUGAGUAUAUAAUAUUGUUUGUUUAUUUAUUUUUGUUGAAGCCAUACCCAAAUACUUGUUGUUCCUGCACAGAUUACAUAUAUCCCUUGUUCAUUGAUCUCUAAGGGAGUUGUUUGAUCGCUGCUAUGGGAGCCCAAGAUGCCUCCUCAAGUCGAUGUUCUUAUCAUGCAUUCUUGAGUUUCAGAGGUGAUGACACGCGGAAUACCUUUACUGAUCACCUUUAUACAGCUCUACUACAUGCAGGAAUACGCACAUUUAGGGACGAUGAUGCACUGGAGAGAGGACAAAAUAUCGCCCUAGAACUAAAUAAGGCAAUCCAAGAGUCGAGGAUUUCAAUAAUUGUCUUCUCAAAAAACUAUGCAUCUUCAAGAUGGUGUCUUGAUGAGCUCUUGAAUAUCCUUGGGCACAACAAGACUGUUGGUCAUAUGAUUCUGCCAGUCUUCUAUCAUGUGGAUCCGUCCCAUGUAAGAAAGCAGACAGGGAGUUUUGCAGAUGCAUUUGCCAUACAUGAAGAGCGAUUUAAGAUGGAGACAGAAGAAAGAAAAGAGGCGGGGUUGGACAAGAUAAAGAGGUGGAAGGAAGCUCUGAAAGAAGUUGCAGAUAUGGCAGGGAUGGUUUUAAGAGAUGGGCAAGAGUCACGUUUUAUUCAAAAAAUUGUUGGAGAGAUUGGAAAUAAGUUGAAUCGCACAGUUUUGAGUGUUGGUCCAUACCCAAUUGGAAUAGAUUCUCGUGUAAAAGACAUUAAUUCGUGGGUACAAGAUGGAUCAACGGAUGUUGGCAUAGUGACAAUCUGUGGAAUGGGGGGAAUUGGGAAGACCACCAUUGCCAAAACUGUGUACAACCUAAACUUCGACAGAUUUGAAGGUAGCAGCUUCCUUGCAAAUAUUAGAGAAAUAUCAGAACAGCCCAAUGGUUUGGUUAGUUUACAGAAACGACUUCUUUCAGAUAUUGUAAAGGGGAGAAAAGAAAAAAUUAGCUGUGUUGAUGAAGGAAUCAUUAAGAUUAGAGAUGCUCUUUGCUGUAAAAGAGUUUUAGUUGUUCUUGAUGAUGUAGAUCAAUUAGACCAAUUAAAUGCAGUACUCAUUAUGCGAGAUUGGUUUUAUCCAGGAAGUAAAAUUGUCAUAACCACUAGACAUGAGCAACUACUCAAGGCACAUGAACGGUAUAAGAUGCACAAAGUUAAGGAACUAAACGAGAAUGAAUCAUUUCAGCUCUUCUGUUGGCAUGCCUUUGGACAAGACCAUCCCAUUGAAGUUUACUUGGAGUACUCAAAAAGGAUUGUACGCUACUGUGGAGGGCUUCCUUUAGCUCUUCAAGUGUUGGGUUCUUCUCUAUCUGGCAGACCUGUAGAUGUGUGGGAAGGUACAUUAAAGAAAUUGGAAGUUAUUCCUGACAGUCAGAUCCUAAAAAAACUUAAAAUAAGUUUUGAUUCCUUACAAGAUGACCACGAGAGAAAUUUAUUCCUCGACAUUUCUUGUUUCUUUGUUAGAAAGGAUAAAGAAUUCACAAUUGCAAUACUAGAUGAGUGUGGUUUCUACACAAAAGUUGGGAUUCACAAUCUCAUUGAUAGAUGUCUCAUAACUAUCGAUGAAUAUAACAAGCUGACAAUGCAUCAGUUGCUUCGGGACAUGGGGAGAGAAAUCAUACGCCAAGAAUCACCCAAGGAGCCUGGGAAACGCAGCAGAUUGUGGCAUCACAAGGACGCCUUUAGCAUAUUAAAUGACAAAACUGGAACAGAUUCCAUUGAAGGCCUCAUCCUCAACUUGAAUGCGUCUAAGGAAGAUAGGUCCAUUGAGAAAUUCUUUGGUUUAAAUAAUGCAAAAAGACACCAUUCAGAGGAUUUUCUUGACAAACCUACAUUACUUUCCGAAAACAAUUCAUUGAAGCGGCGUCGUCUAGGCUUCUUCUCUGGGCUCCCUAUAAAUUCCUCCUCAAUUAGAUCGCAUUCCAUAUCAAAUGAAGUAGAUUUUCAAAUUGAUGCAUUUUCAAGGAUGCAGAGGUUAAGACUACUGCAGCUGAAUAAUGCAAGGGUUAGAGGAGACUAUGAAGAAUUCCCUAGUAAGUUAAGAUGGUUGUGUUGGCGUGGGUUCCCUUUAGAAUCUAUACCCAGUGGCCUUCAUCUGGAGUGUGUGGUUGCCCUUGACAUGCGCAAUAGCAACUUGAAACAAGCUUGGACUGGAUACAAGUUACUCAGAUCGUUGAAAAUCCUCAAUCUCAGUCAUUCCCAUGGUCUUACCAAUACUCCUGACUUCUCACAAGUCCCCAAUCUUGAAAAAUUGAUUCUUAAAAAUUGCAAAAAUUUGAUUGAGAUUCAUGAAUCAAUCGGGGAAUUAGGGCGACUAGUUCUUUUGAAUCUAAAAGGUUGUGAAAAUCUUGGGAAGCUUCCAUUGAAAAUUGGCCAGCUAAAAUCUCUUGAAAUACUCAUUCUCUCUGGUUGUUUAAAGCUCGAGAAGUUGCCUACGGAGCUAAGCAAGAUGGAAUCUUUGAAAAUACUCCAUGCUGAUGGGGUUGCCAUAAGUCAAUCACCCUCCAUGACUACUGCGGUUAGAUCAUGGCCUUCACACUUCCGGGAUUGGCUUUUGGGACCAAGAAGAAGUCCCGAAUCUAUCAGCUUUUCAUUGUAUUCUUUACCACGCUUAUUAUCAAGCUUGAGUCUUGUUGGCUGCAACCUAUCAAAUGAUGCUAUUCCAAAUGAUCUUGGCUGCCUAUCCCUGUUGCAGGACUUGGAUCUAAGUGAAAAUCCAAUCUGUAGCCUUCCAGAGAGCAUCAAGUGUCUCACUCUGCUGGAGGUUCUUGAUCUAGAGAAGUGCACAAAACUCCAGUUUCUUCCGGAGCUUCCAAUGAGUUUAAGGGAAUUGUAUUUAUUAAGAUGCAGGUCACUGGAAACAAUAACAAAUCUACCAAACCUGUUGGGUUCACUGCAUUUGUUGAUGAAUUACUCUGACAAUCUAACUGAGGUUCGGGGGUUGUUCAAGUUAGAACCCAUUGGAAACUUUGAUGAAGUAAUGAUCAGCAAUUUGGGCUUGUCCGACAUGGAAUUCCUGAGAAAUAUUGAAGUGUCUCUGUGGAAUAACAUGACUAGAACUAAAAUAAAAGGUCCCCUCCAGGGACUGUAUGAAUUGGGUAUAUUUAGCACUUUUCUCCCUGGUAGUGAAGUUCCAGGCUGCUUCAGCAUAAAGUGCAUGGGAUCUUCAAUAUGUUUCAAGGUACCUUUAUUUCCUAAUAUGAAGAUCCAAGGCUUGAAUGUAUGUGUUGUCUAUGCACAAAUUGAUGGACAUUCUGGUAAUUCAAGAAAUGUUUAUUGGAGAAAUGCUUAUUGGACCGAGUGUUGCAUGAUUGAAGUGAGUAAUAGGACAAAGGAUCUGAAGUGGAUAUACAGCCCAACAUUCAUGGGCAUUUCAGAUGACCUCAAGGAGAUGGUAUGGUUAAGCCAUUGGAAUUUUGUGAAUCAAUUCAUGGAAGCUGGCGAUGAAGUGAAUAUUUCAGUGCUUUUUGAGGAAGAAGAAACGAACCUUAAGCUAAAGGAGUUUGGAAUCCAUGUUGUGAUUGAGGAAGAAGAGAAGGGUACCCCAUACCUCACCUAUCCUUCUUGUCAAAAUGUUAAUAACGUAGAUUUGUCGGUGUAUCAGGUGAGGACAGGUUUGUACUUCCUUUGUCAUUACAACUAUAGCCUCCAUCGAAGCUUACCGGAUGACAGCAAUUAUGAUUGGACUACUUGGUAUAACUUCUUAUCUGGCGAUGUGGAGGAGCAGCAAUGAUGAUUGCUGAGGAUGAUCUGACAGUAACACCUCUAUAUCAUUUUUUUUUUCGAUUCACAGUGACCUUUAAUAUACAAAUACAUACUCCAAAGCACUCCUUGUCAAAAUGUUAAUAACGUAGAUUUCUUGCUUUACACUCUAAGCUGAAGUGAAUGCCCGAGUUUAAUGGCCUGAGCCAACUGGUUGAUAUUAACGGCAGAAUUCAGGUGCGCAAAAUGGCUUACUUUCAGCAUAAAUUUGAUUAAUGUUCAUGAGUCAUUAGAGAAUUAAAGAGUUGUUUUUCGAAUAGAAAAAGUUGUUAAAAGCUUCCUACAAGUACCUCUUUUAUUUUUUAUGUUAUGAGUAACCUUCUAAGCUGGUGACAUUCGGAUACACUUGGACUAUAAAGUAAACUUCGGAUGUGUGCAAUCA